ACUCCAAAAGUAGCGGAGCGUUACUAUAUAUCCUCUGCUCUAUAUUGUAGUUCUCACAUACCCAUCACAUUAGUCUUUUGGGGGGUUUUGUUUUCUUUAGUUCUCUGCGGAUUUCUAAACAAUGGCAGACGAGUUUGUUCUUUUGAACGUCGGCCCUAGCCCUUUUGGUAUGAGAGUGAAAAUCGCCUUGAUCGAGAAGGGAAUCACAUGUGAACACAAGGACGAGAACCUGGCCGCCAAAAGUCCUCUGCUUCUGCAGAUGAACCCGAUCCACAAGAAGGUCCCUGUUUUAAUCCAUAAUGGGAAACCCAUGUGUGAAUCUCUUAUCAUACUUCAAUACCUUGAUGAGAUUUCGAAGGACAAGUCUCCUUUGUUACCUUCUGAUCCAUACCAGCGUGCACACGCCAGGUUCUGGGGUGAUUUUGUCGACAAGAAGAUUCACCCAACUGGGAGAAGGAUGUGGGCCGGCAAAGGGGAAGACCAAGAAGCAGGAAAGAAGGAAUUGCUAGAAGGAUUGAAAGUGAUGGAAGGAGAGCUCGGAGACAAGCCUUACUUUAAUGGUGAGACCUUUGGUUUUGUGGACCUGAGCUUUGUCCCCUUUAAUGCUUGGUUUUAUACCUAUGAGAAAACUGGCGAUUUCAGUAUGGAAGCUGAAUUCCCAAAACUGGCUGCUUGGGGGAAAAGGUGCAUGCAAAAGGAAAGUGUGUCCAAGUGCCUCCCUGAUCCACACAUGAUUUAUGACUAUGCUAUGGCACGUAGGAAGCAUAUUUGAUUAGAGUAAAGGAGAUAAUGAACACAGGCAUGAGACUGAUGAUGCUUCCCCUGUUUU